GUAACAACCUCUCUCUUACCAAGCCUAGUCUUACACUCAACAAAUCGUCCUCUCUCUUGCGCUGCCGUGUCAGACCCCAAAAGUGUCACAAAACCCAAGAAACAUACGACCUUCCCUUUCCCCUUUCUCUCUGUCUCAGUCAGUCUCUUCACAACCUCAACAGAAACUCAUCGAUGCUCUUCAUCUCUCUCCUCUCCUAACAUUAACCCGAUCCAUUACCAAUAAUUAACCAAGCUACCUACCUGCUAUAGCAUAAUUUAUUAACAUAUGUAUGGCGUCCCCUCGCACUGUAGAAGAGAUCUUCAAAGAUUACAACGCCCGUCGCUCUGCCCUCGUUCGCGCUCUCACUACUGAGGCUGAUGAAGUCUACCUUCAAUGCGAUCCAGAAAAAGAGAAUUUGUGUCUGUAUGGACAUCCAAACGAGUCCUGGGAAGUGACUCUGCCAGCAGAGGAAGUUCCGCCAGAGCUCCCUGAGCCUGCGUUGGGCAUUAAUUUUGCCAGAGAUGGAAUGACGCGUAAAGACUGGCUUUCUCUUGUUGCUGUGCACAGUGACAGUUGGUUGCUUUCAGUGGGAUUCUACUUUGGUGCACGACUUAAUCGCAACGAAAGGAAGCGACUGUUUAGCAUGGUAAAUGAUCUGCCCACCCUCUUUGAAAUUGUAACUGGGAGGAAACCAGUAGAAGAUAAGCCUAGUGCUGACGGUGGUAGCAAAUCCAGGAAUAACACAAAGAGAUCAACUGAUGGACAGGCAAGAAGCAAUUCCAAGUUAAGUUACGUGGAGGAUGAAGAUGAGCAUGGAGACACACUUUGCGGGAGCUGCGGAGGGAACUACAAUGCUGAUGAGUUUUGGAUUGGUUGUGACAUUUGUGAACGAUGGUACCAUGGAAAGUGUGUGAAGAUAACACCAGCAAAAGCUGAAAGCAUCAAGCAGUACAAAUGCCCUUCUUGCAGCACAAAGAAGUCUAGGCACUAACAAACAGUCAAACUUGUGAGGAGAUUGACCUCGUUCUCUCUCACCGAUGUUGUUCCAAUGCACUGAUAGUUUUUUUUUUUUUUUCCUUAAAAAAUGGAGUUGAGGCUAUCUAUGGGAUCGGUGUUUACCUAAGUGGAUGUUGUUUUAACUUUGGAGUCUUUACACUGAGAAAUCGGUCUUAGAUUUUGUUUAAUGAUAGUUUACGGAAUGAUUAAUACUAA